AUGAAGCACGAUGGUUUUCUACUAGUUUUCUCCUGCCUGGUGCUGUCUGUCUUUUCGACCAUUGAUGAGUACCAGAACAGCUCAGAAGGGGCCCUUUACAUCCUGGAAAUCGUCACCAUCGUGGUGUUUGGGGUUGAAUACUUCGUGAGGAUCUGGGCAGCUGGAUGCUGCUGCCGGUACCGGGGCUGGAGGGGAAGGUUAAAAUUUGCCCGCAAGCCGUUCUGCGUCAUCGACAUCAUGGUGCUGAUCGCGUCCAUCGCCGUGCUGGCAGCGGGGUCCCAAGGGAAUGUCUUUGCCACCUCAGCGCUCAGGAGUUUGAGGUUCCUGCAGAUCCUGCGCAUGAUCCGCAUGGACCGGCGGGGAGGCACCUGGAAGCUUCUGGGCUCUGUGGUCUACGCACACAGUAAGGAGCUGAUUACUGCCUGGUAUAUUGGCUUCCUGUGCCUCAUCCUGGCCUCUUUCCUGGUAUACUUGGCCGAGAAAGGAGAAAAUGAGCACUUUGAUACAUACGCAGAUGCACUCUGGUGGGGUCUGAUUACUCUCACCACCAUUGGCUACGGGGACAAGUACCCCCAGACCUGGAACGGGCGGCUGCUGGCGGCAACGUUCACCCUCAUCGGUGUCUCCUUCUUCGCCCUUCCUGCCGGGAUUUUGGGCUCGGGGUUUGCCCUGAAGGUUCAAGAGCAACAUCGACAAAAGCACUUUGAGAAGAGGCGAAACCCGGCAGCGGGCCUGAUUCAGGCGGCUUGGAGAUUUUAUGCCACCAACCUGUCCCGGACGGACCUGCACUCCACCUGGCAGUACUACGAGCGCACCGUCACCGUCCCCAUGUACAGCACGCAAACGCAAACGUACGGUGCCUCCAGACUCAUCCCUCCUCUGAACCAGCUGGAGCUCCUGAGGAACCUGAAGAGCAAGUCGGGACUGACAUUCAGGAAAGAGCAGCAGCCCGAACCAUCGCCAAGUAAAAGCAAACCGUGCAGAGAGUCACUUUGCGGAUGCUGCUCAGGAAACUCUAGUCAGAAGGUCAGUUUGAAAGAUCGUGUCUUCUCCAGUCCCCGCGGUGCUGGCACCAAAGGGAAAGGCUCUCCACAGGCUCAGGGCAUCCGGAGGUCCCCCAGUGCUGACCAGAGCAUCGAGGACAGCCCGAGCAAAGUCCCCAAGAGCUGGAGCUUCGGAGACCGCAGCCGAGCCCGGCAAGCUUUCCGCAUCAAGGGAGCGGCGUCGCGGCAAAACUCAGAAGAAGCAAGCCUCCCCGGAGAAGACAUUCCUGAUGAGAACAAAAGCUGCAAUUGCGAGUUUGUGACGGAAGAUUUGACACCAGGGCUGAAAGUCAGCAUCAGGGCAGUGUGCAUUAUGAGAUUUCUCGUCUCCAAGCGCAAGUUUAAGGAGAGCCUUCGGCCCUACGACGUGAUGGAUGUCAUCGAGCAGUAUUCAGCUGGUCACCUGGACAUGCUCUCCCGGAUUAAAAACCUUCAGGCCAGAGUUGACCAGAUUGUUGGGAGAGGAUCCUCCAUGACUGACAAGGAUCGGACCAAAGGGCCAGCGGAGGGGGAACUGCCUGAAGACCCCAGCAUGAUGGGCAGGCUUGGAAAAGUUGAAAAACAGGUUCAGUCAAUGGAGAAGAAGCUGGACUUCCUGGUGAACAUUUACAUGCAGCGGAUGGGCAUCCCACCAACAGAGACGGAGGCUUAUUUUGGGUCCAAAGAACCAGACCCAGCACCUCCUUACCACAGCCCCGAAGACAGCAGGGAGCACAUUGACAAGAACGGCUGUAUCAUCAAGAUCAUCAGGUCCACCAGCUCCAUGGGUCAGAAGAACUUCUCUGCCCCACCAGCCCCGACCAACACUUGCCCACCCUCGACCUCAUGCCAGCAGCAGGUCUACCAGCGGCAUAGCCAUGGCUCCUCGCCCGUCGGAGACCCCGGCUCGCUGGUCCGCAUCCCACCUCCACCCUCCCAUGAGCGCUCCUUGUCAGCGUACAGCGGUGGGCACAGGGCAAGCGCAGAGUACCUGAGGAACGAAGACAUUACAACCAAACACCACGAGAGUGCCAUGAGAGACAGCGACACGUCCAUCUCCAUCCCCUCGGUAGACCACGAGGAACUGGAGCGCUCUUUCAGCGGCUUUAGCAUCUCCCAGUCCAAAGAGAAUUUGGACAUCCUUAACAACGGUUGCUAUGCAGCCGUGGCCAAAAUCAGACCCUACAUUGCAGAAGGGGAAUCAGACACCGAUUCUGACCUCUGCACGCCCUGCGGUCCUCCUCCCAGGUCGGCCACGGGCGAGGGACCUUUCAGUGACAUGGGCUGGUCAGCCCCCAGGCAGUGAAGCCUUCUCGCAGUCACCGAGCCACGUCUGAGCACUGGCAGCUGCCCACUCCAGCUGUCCACGCGUCGAACUUCUCAAGGAGAUUGACAGCUAAGGUUUUCCUCCUUCUAGGACAUCCUUAGCUGGCGGAUAAUUUCUUGCAGCUUACUCUGGGGGGUGAACGAGCAGGUCUGAGCCUGCACGUGUGGAAGAGGUCACGGUGGUGGUGAGCGAACUGGAGCCAUGAAGUCCAGAUUUCUUUCAUACUCUCUUUCUAAGAUCAUUAGGUGAAAUUAUGUCAUGGUGCAGGGUAGGCAAUUUGCAUUUCUUGGGAAUCUUCAGAAGUGCAGGGCAGGAGUAAAUCACCCAGCCAGGGCUUUUGGAGGUCACAGUAACUGGUGGCUGACAACUGUUAGGUGGGAAUUGCCACGUCAUGUUAUUGGUGAUUACACCUUUGGGUACUGUGGAGUCGUGGAAUGAACACGUGUCUGUUUCUGGCUUAGAUUUCAGGUCACAUGUAAUUAUGGGGGGGUUGUUACUCUCUGGUCCUUCAUUAACCGUCAGGAAGGUGUCAUAAUUCCAAUAUAAUACAUGGAAAUGUUGCAUAGGCCUCUGGAGGAGAGGGCUGGUGGCUGGAAUACUGGUAUGAACAAGAAGACGUGGCUUCAAAGUGGGACAGGUUGGGAUACUGCUCUGAACCUGAACGCUUUGGAAAUUAGCCCAUCUUAUGAAAUCAAAAAACUCAGAAAUGUGAGCUUGAGUGCAGGCAGAGAGACCACCCAGAGAGCAGAGAAAGGAGACAGAGAAGGAGGACAAGAGACUACGGGGCUGGAAUUUAAUGUUUUAAACCAUGUAUUAUAUGUAAUUAUCUCUCCUCCCAUUGACAACGGACCUGGAGAUGCUUUGGAAGCAAAGGCAAACCAAAGGCAACCCCUCUGGAGGGCUGCCAUGGGGUGAAGCCAUUCUCGUGGCCAACAGUGAUGGUGUGGAGUCGCAGGCACGCCAGGCCAAAGGGAGAGGGUGGAUAUGCCAGAUGCUGUGGUCCCUGCAUUGCUGCAAGUUAAAUGCUGAGCUCCAUCCUUUUGAAGCCCUGUUGGUCAUAGUGGGCACUUUUCUUACAGUUUGCAUUGUGCCUGAACACUUUUGCACACACUCUGCCCCGUGAAAAUCUCCCCUUUCUUCUGCCCUGCCACAAAUCUCACACCCAUGUUCUCGGGACAUCCUUUGGUUUUGUUUGGAUCCCUCAAGCUGAGUUAAGAGGUGCUUCUUUGUUUCUUCAUGGUCUUUCAGAAGCCUCUUACCUGUGCUUGCCCGCAAAUUGUGCCAAUCCAAGUCUGCCCCGUUUUGUUGUUGUGAAAGUACUUUCUCUUGGAAAGAUCUUUGUGGUGUUACCAGGAACCUCAGCAGCGCCUUCAGCUGGGGGAAGGCAGGGGGAAAAGUGAUGCUUAAAGUUUCUUUUGGGACCAAAACGAAGUCACAAAGUGAUCCUUUACAUGGAUAGGUUGGUGAGGUGUUUUUGGAAGGGGGUGGAUCAGGAGAAGUUGCAUUUGGGGACCAUCUCCAGGGCUGGGACACGGUGGCCAGCAUUGUGCCUCUGAACCCUCCCGUGUGUCUUCAGCCCAAAUCCCAUGUGUGUUUUCUGCUGGGGCUGAGCCUGUGAUUUCAAACCCCAUCUCUCCACGUUUUCUCUGUGUCGUAUCAAGAGCCUGUUAAGGAUAUUUAGGUGACAGCUUCAUUUUUGUGUGGCCUUUGAGAGGUCGAACAUUGACUUGCUUGGGGUGAAGGGAGAGUCACAGCCUUUUUCUCUCCUCUUUGCUUGACCAGAGGCAGCAACCAGGGGAGACCCAGGACUAGUUUGGCCUUAGGGAAGAUGUGGGUGCAGUCUGGCAGCUUGCAGACAGAGAAUAAAACCAUCACUUUUGCUAGUGCUCAGGACCAUCACGCAGGUCUUCGCAUGAGAUUGAGGAGUGGGGGAAGGCUCUGCACUGUUUUUCCUGCCAUUUUUCACCAUUCAGGAAGGGAAGAUAUUUUUCUUAGAGGGCACCUUGGCUUCCAGCCAUGAUAGUUCCUUUCUUUCGCACUUGAUCCAUUUUUUUUGUUGCCUUCUGCAAUUUUUCUCUCUCUGCUUGUGCUCCCAAACUCCUUCUUGGCUCCAGAUUUCUUUGUGCAAAGUGAGCCCAGUGACGGCCUUGACUUCAAUACAGAGAAAUCUUUGAAUGCAAAAUGGCUGCAAAUUGUGCAGAUUUGCCCCUGGUAUGUUGCAAAAUGGUGCUUUCUGGUAGGGUGAGAAAUGUCAGCAGGUCCCAAAUCAGACUUGGUGGUGUUUUCUGGUGAGCACAAGAAUGGAAAUUGCAUUGGGUGAGGCAAAAGUCAGCAUUGCUCCAGCCAGCUGCUCACUGCAAAUUUUGCCCAAGUCAGAGACAACAAAGAUUUAUUAUCUUAUUUGUUUGCAAUUACUUUUCAAGACCUGCUGGAAAUUUGGCACAGGAGGGUACGAUAUAAAGGGUAUGAUAAGCAGAUGAGGAUGAUGUCAUGCAGGUACAUGACUGGUUUUUAAUAUAGGAGGCAAAGCGAGCAGGACUUCAAGGCACAAUUUUUGUGGGAUGUUAAUUUCCAUCAUGUCCUGAUUUUGAAGACCUAUUGGCUCUAUUUUGAAUGUCCAUUUCCUACUUCUUAUUGCAAAAUCCCUUUCUCCUGCCCAGAUGAUGUUACACCCUUGAAAGCAGAUACUGCCAGUGUGUCCCAAGGAGUCGCAAUUCCACUGUGUCCUCUGAGUUUUCCACAGAUUGAAAUCUGGCAGUAUUUUACCUCCUUUAGGGACUGCAUAGGAAUAAUUGUAUUUUCCCUCUUCAAGUCACUACUCCAGAGCUCGUAAAGAUCUUCUGACUUGUAGCUUUAGAAGGUGUUGGAUUUGUCCCACAAUCACUGAUUACAGAAAACUGCUUUAUACGUGUGCAGCACAGAGUGUAUCUUGCUGCUACAAAUUUCACAUAGAAUUUUUUUUGGAAGGUGUAAGAAAUAUCCCACCUUUAUCUGUGACAUAAUGUCAAAAAAAUGCCUCCAUCCACAACCAUGCCAUAAGCCAUCACUUCUCAUUCAUCCAGUGUGUCAUCCAAAAAGACCUGGAUUUUUGGGUUAACUUACACCAGAAUUAACUCCAAAUAAUGCUUCUUAUUUCCAUGGAAUUAUUUAUGCCUGCUAAAUGAUAACAGAGCCUGCUUGUUGCUUAUUGACAUAAAUAAUGUCAUUCCUGUCCUAAAUGGCAGUCCAAUACUUCCUGCAGGGUCUUCUCUUUCAAUCCCUCAGUCCCCCCCUGCCUGUAUCGCACACUCCUGGUGGUAAUCUCCCACAGGACGUCUAAACCACUAGGUUAAAAGAAAAUAAAUUUGUUUUGUUUUUCCUAAUACGGCAGUCCCAAUGAUAAAGUCCUUUAAAAGGAUGGACAGGCAAACUUCAUCCUUCUGUUGAGCCUCUCUUGGGCUGGUUUUUGCUCCCCUGUUCCUCCAGAGCGUGGUUCUGUAUUUUUUGGAGGACAGAAACAAGUUUUAGACAACUCUAAGUGUGGACAGAGGAGACCAAAAUGAGGUGAAGAAGGUGUGAAAGCCAAAUUUCCAGCAGGCCAUCUGGAAGUGCUGCAGGGGUGGCUGUGCCCACAUAGAGUUGUGUGCACAGAGUCUGGUUCCGAGGUGCCUCUGUGCUGAAUGUGGAGCCGUGGCCUUGGACCAGGGCCUGGGAUCUGGUCUCCAAGAAACCUUGGGACUUUUUUUUAUCAGAAUCUGGGUCUAAGUCUGGAGAGAAAAACUGCAGAUGGUCCUACCUGCGGGAUGGAGCAAUCCCUGGGGUUGGGACCUGAAACCACAGUCUGUUUUCAGGUGGUUCAGGUCCAAACUUGAGUUCCAAGUCAUCUAGGAGUUUGUGUCUCCAAACUGGAGAUGUGGCUGGAGAUGUUGCCAUCUCUCUGCAGGUGGCCUUUCAUAACGCGACCCCGAGACACAGGAACAGAACACUAGCCAUAAGUCAAAUUUCCCAAUAUUUGGGAAGGGACUUCAGUGUUACUCAAGUGCAGAUUUUGUAUGUGAAUUUCCUUGUUGACUCAUUUUCUUAUUGAUAAUUUUUAAAACAAAAAAGUCAAGGAACUCACUGAAAGAAAAACCUCUUGUCCAGCUCAGAAAGCCAUUAUAUUUAUUUAGACAGACUACGUGAUAGAUCAAAUUUUCUAAAAAUGUAUUUUAUUUCCAAUGCUGCUUAAUAGAUCCAACUAAAUUCUGCAGGGCCAUUGCUAGUUGCAGCUAAAUAGGUAUAUUUUUACAUUUUUAAUUGAUUUUUAAGACUUUAAAUUAUGUGAAUUUUUAGAACAAGUUUGUAUAAUCUACCUGAGAAGCCAGAGCAUCAUCUCAGAUACAGAUGUUCCCCUUCCUAAGAGUUACCUGAGAAAAGAAAAACACAUUUACUCAUAUUUUUCUCAAGAGGGAGCUACAGCAAACCUCAUUUCCCUUAUAUGCACUAUGGUCACGGCAACAGAAUUGCUAAAACCAAAAUGUAAUAGAUUAAAAGAGAAACUGAAAUUCCUAAGGAAUUUUCCCAAGAGUUAUUCCGGAUAAAGACCCUUAGCAGUGAGUAUUUUAUUGGGAAUGUUGAAAAAGCCCAGGAGCAGGCUAAGGAUUUCUGUUUCUCCAUCCCCGCUGGUGUGAGCCCUCGGGUUGAGCGAGCCCCCAACCUCCAGCCCUUCCUCCCCAUCACCCCUCUUGUCCCCCGACCCACAUCCCCAUCCUCUCGCCCGCUCUCCGCUGUGGGUCACCAUCUUCUGUUGUCACCCGCUUCCUUUUCCUGCACCCGAAACAAGGAAAUCAGAUACAAAAGCUCCUUCACCUGCAGUAACACGGAGGCUGCGACGUGGGGGUCCGUGGGGGGGGGGGUGAGGACAGCAGCCCCCCCCGAGCCCCUCGUGGGUCACUGCUGCUCAAGCCGCAGAAAAGCAAACUCUUGCUUUUAGCACAUGAACACCCAACUUUCCUGUGUCAGAGCAAAAUCUGCUUAGAGCACGGGUGUGGGUUCGUUGGUUUUUUUUAACAAUAACAAUAGGGUUUGGGUUUUUUUUUUUUUUUUAAAUAAUAAGGAUAUUAAUAACAACGCAUAGGAAUCUUCUUUAGUAUAUCUUAGUGUUUGAUGCCCCAGCGACACAAUACUGCUUGCCUUAUAUUAGUGUCUAGAGGGAGAGGGAUUACAGAUGUUUUGAUACACUAUUAAUCACGCUUAUAAUUUAGGUAGCAGCAAGGGGUGGCUGCUGCAGGGGGGAGCAGCCGGCUCCUUUUUAACGUAUGAAUGUGCUUUCCCGACUAUCUCACCCACUGUACUCUCAAUUUUGCCUGCUACUGCAUGCAGCCUGAGACGAGUAGACAGCACUAUGCUCCAGCUGUAUCUGCACUCCCAGAUUGCUGUAGUACCUGACCAGGUAGCGUUGCCAAAAAGCAUCGUCCUGGGGAGAGGCCGAUCCUGCCGGUGAGCCGUCGCGUAGGCCGCUGCGGUGCUUCUGUGGGGAACCCUGAUAGACCCAGUGUCUUUCACGCUGCCACCGGUCAUCGCCCCCUCCCUCUGAGACAGCAUGCAUGAACUCCACUUCUACUGCUUGUAACUAAGGGGAGAAAGGAGCCACGUUUGUACCUGUGGCUCCUUGAAAACGGGGAGGAAAAAUUGCAAUUUGUGUUGGCUGUGGAUAGCAACCUCCUUUCCACCCAGAUGCCUCUGAAGAAGAGCAUCCCAGGUGCCCCCUUUCUGAGGGUUCGGAGGAGCAGGCAGAACAAGGUAGGCAGUGCCAAGGAUGGAGGGCUGAUCUUUGUUUAGGAGAUGCCGUUUGAACCCACACGUGUGGGACUUGCCAUAUGUCUGGUUUGAUUCCCAAAGGGUUCUCUCGCCUGCGUCCAGCUCUGGUGUGUGUGUGUGCGUUUGCACCCACAGCCCAAGGGGCUGAGGGGAAUGUGACUCCCAAACUUUGGAAACCCUUCUUUGAAAAUUUCACCCACCCUCGUCUACAGCCCUUGGGUGUCCAGGGGCCCUGCAGGUGUGCCAUAGCCAUUCCUUGUGGAAGCAUCUCUUACUUUCCUUACGGAGAGGCACUGAGCUGCCUUCCUAUCUCUGUAAAUGUUUUGCUGCAGUUCUCCCUGCUCUAAUACCAGACUGUCAUGAGGCCUUCGGGGUUUGCCCGCCUCGCUGGUGUUUGCAGUCUUCUUGUAUCUCCUCGCACUGCUGCCAUCAUCUAGUUUGACACCGGUCCUGUAUCGUCACCUUCCUUGUCCUGACUGUACGCAAGUGAAGAUGUAACGCCAGAACUCUGCUCUGAGACUUGCUUUUGGCCUGGCAUCACUAGCUGUACCAGAGAGCCUUCAUGUUUUGUUAGCCAUGACAGUUUUGCUUUUUAUUGGCAAUUUAUUUGCUUCCUCAUCAAGCCACCGUGGCCUCAACCACAUCCCUGGUUUGUUCCGCUGGAGCCUUUCAGCGCGGGGAUGGAGUUUAUUUUGCCCCUCUGUGCAGCACCCUGUAAGGGGCUGUCCCCUUGGCUUUAGCUGAUUGCAGUGAAACAGGGAUGAGAGUUCGGUUCAGGUUUUCUUGUCUGAAGCUGAACAUCUCAGAGAAGAGCUUACAGACUCUAACGGUGUUGAUGCUUUUGCUCCCUGGAGCAAGAGCUGCUUUUAAGACCAGAGUCCCCUUCAGCGGUCCACGCAUGUGGCUUUGCAUGCCAGGCUCCAGCUCAAUCAUGGGGAGAAAUGGA